AUGUGGUCGCUGCAGGUCUAUACCCGCAAGAAGCGGGCCGGCCAGAGGCUCAACCUAACCCCAACACCGGACCAAGGCCCCACUGCGAAGGCAGAGCCUCCCCUGGUUCCAGGCAGAAGGCACUCCGCGCACCGCCUGAAAGGGAAAAUGCACCGUCUGCAGAAGAUCUCGGAGAAGGCCGAGUGCAGUGGGCGGGGAGGUGGCGGCCCUCGGCCGCGGAGCACUCAGCUAAGAGUUACAGGACAGAAAAGCCUGCAAGAAAAUGUCACUAAUGAAGAGCCCGCGGAUGAGAAGGCUGCACCAUUGAGUGAGUCAGUGCCUAAUGACCUCCAGGUUGACAGUAGUUCAUCCAAUAGUGAGCUAGUAUCAGGACUAACUUCCCAGCAUAUUUCUAGUUCUUUUCCAAGCUAUUCAUUGACAGACUCUUACACAGAAUACAAGAGUUUUGAAGAGAGUUUAAGUAGCUUUCCAUCACCUGAACUCUUCAGAGGAUCAGAUUAUUUAGAUUGGGAAUGUCCCAAGUUGGAAGAACACAUGCGAUGCAAGAAUUCCACUCUUCUGGAUACCAGUAAAGCAGUAACAAUAGAGAAGGUACCACAGUUUUCAAACCUCUCUGCAAUUUUAGGUACCUCUUCAGGAGACUCUCAAAAAUGCCAUAGAGAAAUAGUGAUGACAUUAGCAGGCCAAAAUAUUUCUCCAAAACCAAAGAAUACUUCACAUUCAGAAUCAGAUAAUGCAGCUUGUGAAGUUUUACUUGCUGAGAAAACUUAUCUUUCAGCCCCUGAAAAAACGAAGAAAAAAAGAACAAAUUCUAGUACUCCUGGUAAGAAAAGCAGAGGCCUCUUAACAAGUACUCCAUCCUCGAAAACUGCUGGUUUGGUGAUUGAUUUGUCCUCAGUGCAGAAAGCAUCUUUUGAAGAACUACUUCCAAAUGUCAGCAAUUAUGUUAAUUCAAAUGAAAUUGUUCCUGUUUCAAAUUUGCAAGAAAACUCUUCAGAUGAGUUUCCUUCAAAUACUUCAGAAAUAUGUUGUAUUAUUAGAGCAACACCAGGAACUAGACAAGUGAAAAGUAAAGAUGUUAUUGUAAAGAAGAAGAAAUAUUCUGCACCUAAAGAUAUUCCCCAAGAUAUUAUGGUACAAGUGGCAGAGCAUCUUGCAUAG